AUGGCUUUUGCACGGGAUCCAAUUCUGCUUGCUGAGUUGUCCAAAUGGUGUAAGGAAGUGGACAUUGAGGAGAAUCAUGGCAUACUGUUAAUAGGAGUGCCUGCUAAAACUGAUGUGGCGUUUAUAGAAGAGACAGUGCAGACUGUAAAAGCUUUUGGCAGGGUUCGUGUGAAAGACUCAAGAUCAGGACCAAGUCCUAAUACUACCUUGGUGCUCUGUGAAUGCAAAGAAGUCAUUGAUCCAGCUCGCAUCCCACCAGAAUUACUGCCCGCUGAAGGAGAGGAAGCUUGGAAGGUAGUAGUGGCUUUAGCUGAGGUGCCCAUUUCAGAAUUCUCACAGAAACUAUCCAAGUUCUUAAGUGAAGAGGGAAAAUCUAUGUCUGACUUGCAAGCUCUAUUCACUCAGUCUACCUCUACUGCUAGUUCUCCUGAAUCUAUCAUACGUGCCGUGGGUGAACUAUUGGAGAAAACCUCCAAACCAUCGACUGAUGCUAGUGCUUAUCGCAGAUUACGUACCUUUUCGGGUACUGUUCCCACGCCAACAGGAGAGGAAAGUUUGGAAAACUGGAUGGAACAAGCCAGAUUGAUGACUGUAGAGUGUGAAUGUUCCGAAAAGGAGAAAAGAAGAAGAAUAAUGGAGUGUUUAAAAGGCCCAGCACUGGAUAUUGUUAAGGCUUUGAGAUUUUCAAGUCCAGAUGCUAGUGCUUUGCAGUAUCUGGAUGCCUUGGAGAAUACUUUUGGAACAUUUGAAUCUGGAGAGGAUCUCUACUUUGCUUUCCGUCUUCUUCGACAAUCACCAGGAGAGGCAUUGUCUGAUUUUCUGAGGCGAAUAGAGAAAUCUUUAACUAAAGUGGUUCAGAGAGGAGGAUUGGCACCACAGUUAAUGGACAGAGUGAGGAUUGAACAACUGAUCCGAGGAGCUGUUGAAGCAGAUCUUAUGCUGCUGCAGUUGAGACUAAGGGCAAAGGAAAGCAAACCCUCCCAAUUUCCUAGCAUUAUUGAACGAAAUUAA